AAUCGUAAACGCCUUCUCAUUUCCAUCUAUUCUCAUUUCAGUUUGACCUUACAACUAAAAAUGUCAGAACUUCUUACUACGUACAGGCCAAUUAAAAUUCUUCUCCAACUUGAUCCCAAUCUGGGAAAUAACUCAUACAAUGGUAGAGUAAAAAUCGAUUACGAGUUCACAGGAGAAACAUCGGAGAUCAAAAUUCAAACAUCUAGAGAUUUUCAGUGGACUUCUGUCAGACUUGCCACGUUUUACGAUUUCAAUGAAGGAUGUCCUGUGUAUGCAAGUGUUGAUUGUGAAAACUAUGUCCAUGAUGCCGAAUCAGAGAUACUGACUCUUCCAUUGGGAAACCCCCUCACUCCUGAAACUACUGAAAAUGGAUUCUACAUUGAAUUAGAAUGGACUGGACCUAUAAAUCCUCAGGGAGAAACUACUGGACUUUAUGCAAUUGAUGAAAGUACUAUUGAAGCAAAUAUGAAAGAUGGGAAUGCUCAUAAAGUAUUUCCAUGUUAUGAGGGAGGAGUUUCUGCAAAGUUCUGGCUGACUGUGAUAACUGAUGAAAGAACUAGAGUUGAAACUAAUAUGGAUGACGCUGGGCACGAAGAAUUCGAAGGAAGAGUGAAGAAUAACUUUUUAAAAGAAGAAGAACUUACUAUUGAAGAUGUUUACAUUUAUGUCACACCAAUUAUCGAUAUGGAAUAGUGUUUCCAAUUUUUUUUGAACAAUUAAUUUACCGAAUCAAUGAAUAAGUUUUUUUAUUCAUAUA